UCGUACAGUUCGGACGUCACUUUUGCCGAGAGAAAAAUAGUGCGCUAAUUGCAGUAAUUGUGAAAAAAGAGAAUUUUCCGCUAUAAAUAAUGGCACGUACCAAGCAAACAGCUCGCAAAUCGACGGGUGGAAAGGCACCCCGCAAACAAUUGGCCACCAAGGCUGCCCGCAAGUCGGCACCAUCCACGGGCGGUGUAAAGAAGCCUCAUCGCUAUCGCCCUGGCACGGUGGCAUUGAGAGAAAUUCGUCGCUACCAGAAGUCCACAGAGCUGCUUAUCCGCAAGCUGCCAUUCCAGCGCUUGGUUCGUGAAAUUGCCCAAGAUUUCAAGACCGAUUUGCGUUUCCAGUCGGCCGCCAUCGGCGCAUUGCAGGAAGCAUCCGAGGCCUAUUUGGUUGGUCUGUUCGAGGAUACAAAUUUGUGCGCCAUUCAUGCCAAGCGUGUGACCAUCAUGCCCAAGGACAUACAGUUGGCCAGACGCAUCCGUGGCGAGCGCGCCUAAACAACGUGUCCGCCAUCUUUAAUUAGAAAAGCAGCGCAGCUGCUGCCGCUAACAAAUACAACAACAACAAAGACGAUAUCGACGUCAGCGUCGCUGCCAAAUGCAGCUGCUGCGGCUGCUUAGCCUUAAGUUUUAUAAGAUUUCUAAUACUUAAAAUAUAAGUAAUUCAAUCAAAUAACUAUGCAAAAUUUGGUCGGUAUAAUAAAAGUACAUUCAAUUGUUUUAUGAAGAACUUUGCUCAAAACGAAAACGCAGUUUUUAUUUUACUUGUGUGUUAGUGUGUGGGUAUUGGUAGAGUGUAUGUGUGUGA